UCAUGCUGUACGAUUACACCCACAUGUAAGGAAUAGCUAAUCAGAGUCCUGACCGGAAUUUAUCACUAACUAGUCUAACCAUUGUAUAAAUAAUCCUGACUGUCCUCAGAGAGGCUAGGUAUUGUGAGUACGCUCCUUUUCUGCAUCUGGUUUACUUACUGUGUUUCGAUGUGUACUUUAAAGUGUUGGAGUGUUCUGCUUGCUCUGUUUUCUCCAUUGAUGCUUGAGGCAUCUGGGCCGAUCCGCUGCUUGCCCUGCACCGAAGAGAGGUUGGCACACUGCCCACCUGUGGAUAGUACAUGCACAGAGGAGUUGGUGAGGGAGCCAGGCUGUGGCUGCUGUCGGAUGUGUGCCCUAUCUCAUGGCCAGCCAUGUGGGGUGUACACAGCACGCUGUGGUGCGGGUCUCCGCUGUUAUCCACAGCUUGAGGAAUCUAAGCCUUUGGAGACACUUAUGCAGGGACGGGGCAUUUGCAUGGAGCUAUCUGAGGUUGAAAGGAUUCAAGCAAUACAAGCAGAAACUCAAGCAUCUGAAAUGGAAACUGUGAAUCCUAGUCCUGGUGGUACAGAAGGUACCCAAGAUCGGUUAGCAGGCACCAACUUCAGAUUUGUACCAGCUCCUGGGCAUGUCAUACAAGGCAGACUGUUUGAAACGCUAAAUUCAGCUGAUGCUCGGAUGGGCAUGAGGGCACGAACUAACUACAAACCAAAGCCAAGAGAGCAGCAGGGUCCAUGCCAGGAGGAAAUGCAACGUGCCAUUGACAGGAUCAUUCUGAUUCAACAGCAUACUAAUGAAGAACUUUAUAGAUUUCACAUCCCAAACUGUGACAAGAGAGGAUUUUAUAACCUGAAACAGUGCGAGUCAUCUCUGGAUGGACAGCAUGGACGGUGUUGGUGUGUUUUUCGCUGGAAUGGAAAGAGAAUCCCUGGCUCUCCAGAAGUGAGAGGUGAUCCCCAGUGCCACCGGCAUAACACACAUGUUUCAGCAUCAGCCGAACAAAAUAACUGACGUGUCUUAAGAAACUGAGGAGGCAUUAACAUCUUUGCUUUUCUCUCACAAGUUACACUAGAGCAUUUGAAGGUGAUAACCACAAGAUUACAGUUAUCUUUCAUGUAUGUAAGCUAUUUAUUUCCUGCUUUUUUUUAGUUUAAAGAUUUCUUUUUGAGAAUCACAUUUAAAAUAUCAUCUGUCUAAAUUGCCCCAUGGAAUAAUCUACUAGUUGCACUUUUGGUUCACUACUAAUGUGCAUGAAAAUAAUUUUAUAUUGUGAAAAAUGCAUGAGUUGACAGAAGUAUUAUCCAAACAGUCACUGAGUACACUGCAAGUCACUACAUAUAAUCAAUGGUAAUAACACAUUAAUGUUCCAAAAGGAUGUCAUGGCAUUAAAAUAAUAGAAAGCUUAAGUCUUACACAAUUGCUGCCACUGUUAAUUGACCAUUGCCUCUAUCAGAAUUAUAACGUUACCAAGGCAUACACACAUUCCUCGUGUUAGAGGCUAAUAUUUUGUAAAUUAAAAAUAUAAUAGUGUUUCAAGGUGAUACCUGUCUUCAAGUUAAAAUAACUUUUAACUGCCCAAACGUCAUCCUUAUCCUCACUGACAUCAGUAUUCUUGCCUAUAACACACUCCUACGUACAAUAUUCAUAGAGAAAAUGAACUCAUUGGUGCUGAAGUUUUCUCUUUGUUUAAAUGCAUUCAUAGAUGUCAAAUUUGAUUGUUAAUUAUAAAUGGAAGAUGUUUAAUUUAUUCCUAUGAUGUGUAAGUACACAUCACAUGCUUUGCUGAUGAUUUUUAAUCUGUGAGGGAGUCAAGGGUUUUAGGGAAAGGACAGGAAAGCGGAAUUGAAGAUUAUCAGAACAGCCAUGAUCUAAUUGAAUGGCGGAGCAGAUUCAAUGGGCUGAAUGGUCUACUUCUGCUCCUUUUGUACGGAUUUGUAAUAAUGGAAAGGUUCGUAUUGACUCUCUGCAAUCUUGGCCAUUAGCUGAAAGUAUAAAUCAUAUGCCCACUUCCCCAAAGAGUGUGAAGGCGUCUUAUUUUUGCAAUGCAUGAUGAUUGAUGUGAAUUUCAUCUUUUGCCCCCAAAAGUGGCUUUGUUUCAAUCUAAUCAUCAUGAACUUGCCAAGAAAAGGGGAGAAGUACUGAUGUGCUGAGCACUGGUAGCAUUAAAGUAGAAAAUUCAAUGUCAAUCUUCAGAGGACUAAAAUGAGAAAAGUCAUGAAGCUGUCUGAAGCGGUCAGCAAUUCCUUCGUUAUCGUUAGGUGUGACUAAAGCUGCAACAAACAACUUAGCUAAUCCUCUGUUAGCACAUUUAAAUUUUAAAAAAGUCUGCUAUUGUGGACAUCUAUUGCUGCAAGAGUCAGUCAUCCUUGUCAGGUCUCAAUUCUUAUUGAAUGAUUACAAUUUGUCUUUUCAAUUUUACUGUGAAUGAGUUAAACUAAUACAACUAUUUCAGCAUUUUCUAUUCUAAGCAUCAUUUUAUAUAUUGGGCAGUUAUAAACAUUUUUAAAGAUGCCAGUUUUUGUUUCUCUUAAGUGUUGAUAAUCUGUACCAAAGGUGUGAAUCCAUCACAAAACAUGCUGCAUGAAUAAAGAAAGCUUGUAGUACGUAGUUAUUAAACAACAGUGUAUUGCUUCACUAAUUGUAUACAUAAGUGUCUACCAAUUAUUGCUCGGAACACAUUGGCUCAGCAAAGACUAGAGAAUGUGAGAGUGAAUUUGAUUUCCUGUACCUGUGGGGUUUUUGGACAAUGUCUUAAUAGCCUGUAACCACUAGAUGGCACUCAUAUGUUUUCUCAAAUUCCCUCAAUUUUCAAAUUGUUUCUAAAUAAUCAAAAAAUUGUUAUAUGGAGUAUAUUUUAUUUUAAUGUAACUGUAUCACUAAUUUUCUUUAUAUGAUUAAGAUCUGCAAUAAGUAAAUUCUCUUGAAUAAUUUUUUUUGAUUUUGUGUAAUAAUGUGGUACAAAAUAAGCUACUGACUCGCUGCUGUAGAAAAAAAAACAAUGCUUCACGUUUAUUCAGUUUAAAU